AUGCCUCCUUUGUGUCGUCUACUUCCACGAACUGUUAAAGAUCCUGCAAAUAUCCGAACAGACAGAAUCAUUCAGAAUCACAGGUCUCGACGCGUACGAACUUCAGCGAUAAAACAACAAAGAAAAUAUAAAAUUGGUCUAAAUUUUCAAGAAAGAGUUUCUUCUGUUCAUCAUUCUCUUAAACCUUCUCGCAUUUGUCUUUACUGUAAUGCCAAACUUUUUGCAGGAGAAAUAGAAGGAAAGUGUUGUAUAAAUGAAAAAAUUAAAUUAGCUUUGACUGAAUAUAUUGCACCCUUAGAAGAUUUAUUUAGAAGACUUGAUAAUGUGGGAAAUAAAUUUCGCUGUAAUAUUCGUGCUUAUAAUAACAUUUUUGUGUUUACUUCUAUGGGAGUGAGAAUAGAUGAAAAUCUUGCUAAUGGUAAAAUCAGAUAUGAUUUAAUUAAUGUUCCAAACAAAUAA